AGUGGUGGAAGAAGAAGAAGCAGAAAAGCCGCAUCGCCUUCGUGUCUCGCGGAUUUUAUCAAUUUUAUUGCCCUCUCAUUUGCCAUUUCUCCUCGUUUGUUCACAUUGACGGUCGUGCCGUGCCGUAACCGUAUGCAUCAACUUCAGUUCUGAGCUGUGUUGAUUUAAGAGUUGCCAUGUAACCAAACAACUUCAACCUUUGAUUGUAGUACCCAAAUGACGGAGCCGGCUCUUGAAGAAACCGUCUCCGUUGCAUACAGUUACCAAAUUGUGAAUCGAGUUCCAACAAAGCUUCUUGUGGUUGGAACUUCUAGACUGGACACAGACUGCAUAUCUCCACUCCUUGUCCUUAUUCCUGGGAACCUCGGGAUUAUUGACUACUAUGAAGAGUUUCUCAAGGAAAUUUAUCAGGCAUGUGGCGGGGCUGUCCAUGUGUGUGGAAUAUCGCACGCAGGCCACGACCAAGUGCCCCGUCCAUUAUCUUCCCCCGAUUUCUCAGCGAAUCCAGAGCUGUAUGGACUAGACGGCCAGAUACAGCACAAGCUCAGCUUCCUCGACGAAAACAUACCCGUGAACCGACCCAUACUUUUAGUUGGACAUUCCGUAGGAGCGUAUGUGAUACUUCAGAUCAUGGAGAAAAGACCACAAAUGCACGUGGGUAUUGUACAUUCCUUUCUGCUCUUCCCUGUGUUUGAGCUGUUUUCCAAAACACCGAACGCUCAGGCAUUGCUUGGUCAUCUCACACUGUUGAAGAUCGGGAUAUGGAUUGUAGUGCACUUGCUUAUGGUGAUUCCGGUACUUCUGAAAGCCCUCUUCAUAAAGUAUUAUUUCUGUGACCUCCCGAGCAAACGCAGGACGUGCGCCGAACGGGCGACGUUGGUUUUUCUCGCCCCCGCUGUCUUCAGCUUGGUCGUCUUCAUGGCUUUUCAGGAGGUAGACCAGGUGCAGGAACGCAACAAUGAAGUAAUACUGACAUUCCUGCCACGUUUGACUUUCUACUACGGCUCCAGCGACAUGUGGUGCCCGAAACAGUUUUACAUGGACAUGAAGGAAGCGUUUCCCAGUGCCGACCUGCACAUGUGUGCGCACAAUCUGAGCCACGCUUUUGUUCUGGGGGACACGAGUGUCGUGUCAACGUUUGUGGCCAGCAAAAUGAAAGACUUGUUACGCUUACCAUAAGUACCAUAAGGUUGUUGCGUAUUUAAAAGGUGUCUUUCGGCAUUUUUAUAAUAGCAUAUUUUUUAUACGCUGCAAUACAGUUUUUGUUGAA